AUGGCUUCCGCGGCUUCCGACUGCCUCAGUGGCUGUGUCCGUGGUGUGCGUAACCUUCCAGAACUUUUGAGGCCGGGGCGCGAACGCCUUGGGUGGACGAGAGCAUCUUCGCCACAAGGGCAAGACGAUGCCUUGUCGCCGCGUCGCGUCGAACGGGAGACAGAUGGCAUGGCAGUCUCCGUCCCUCAGCUGAGCUGUCCAGGCUUGAUCUCCAGAAGUCAAUCAGCGCUGAGCGAAGAAGCACCAUCCGCAUCCUUCGCUGUGGAGACCCUGAGGGCUGUGGAGGCUGUGGAGACCGUGGAGGCUGUGGAGGCUGUGGAAGCCUUGGAGCGGCCAACACUGCUCACAGCCAGCAAGGCGGUGUCACCCAAGAGCAUCAGGAGCCAAGGCGGAAAGCUGUGCACAAGUCCCCGCUUUGAUGGACUUGAGGGACCAGAUGGACCCGAUGGAUCCCUUUCUGCCCUUACAACCGCUACUGCUUUUGAAGCUACUGCUUUUGACGAGGGGUCUCCGGUCAACGCCCAAGCCUUGACCUGCUGCAUCGCUGGAGCUCACGACAGCAACGACUGGCUGUGGGAUGCCUCGCUGGCUGUGGGGGCAGCCUCAUGGACUGGUGCAAAACACGUGGCAUCCUUCCUGGGGAAUCAGAUCUAUGAAGCAGCGGCGAUGGCACAACCACAUGUACAGUCGAUGGCAAACUCUGCAGCCGAUGCCUUGAAAGCUGCAGCAGAGGACAGCAUGGGCAAGAUCCGAGCCCUUGGUCCUCGAAGAAGCAAGCUGCAGCGUGCUCGUGCGAGCUUGGCUUUGGAGCCGCCACAUUUACAGAAACCGACCCUGCCGGCUUUGCCCCCGCUGCCUGAACUGGGUGCAUAUACCGCACAGAUGGGCUUGUGCCCAGCUCCUUUUCCAGCUCCUACGCAACCAGGAACAAACCGCACUUUGAGCGCACCCUUGCCUACGUGUUCAAGCUUUCCCACACAGGCCCCCACACAUAGCUAUGGCCACACGCAGAGCUAUCAUGCCGGAUAUCAGGCUUACCAGAGCCAGGCAUUCCAGGGCUACAACCACGGCUACAAAGUCUACAGCCAGGGCAACAGCGGCUACCCCCAGACUUAUCAGGGUCAGUUGGGUCAGCUGCAGCCUUCCUAUAGCUUUGCGCAUGCAAGCCUGCCACGGACAUCAACCUUCCUGGCGCCAGGCAUGCAUCAUGCACACUCAUUCAGCGUACAGGAAACCCCGUUAGUUGGUCGAAGGGUGCCUUUGGCGCCAUGUCGAAUCAAGUCUGCUACAAGCUAA